AUGGUUGCCGGAAGGAAUGAUGAAGCUAUCGCUGAGGCAUUGGCAAUGAUGGCUAGCGCCAUUGGGCAAGGUCAGCAAGCGAACCUUGGGAACCAUAAUCAGGAUGAAUUUUGUGCUUUGGGAAAGUUUCAGAGGAACAAUCCGCCAACCUUUGAAGGAGCAUACGACCCUGACAAAGCACAGGCAUGGCUGAAAGCAAUUGAGAAGAUCUUUCGAGUCAUGAAUUGUACUGACGCGCAGAAGGUGCAGUUUGGCACCCAUAUGCUUGAGAAAGAAGCUGAAGAUUGGUGGGACAACACUGUUCAGAGGUUUGAAGGUGAUGGGAUGGAGAUUACUUGGGAUCUUUUCAAGGGUGCAUUUCUGGAGAAGUACUAUCCAGAAGAUGUGUGUGGAAAGAAGGAAAUUGAGUUUCUUGAACUGAAGCAGGGUAAUGGAACCGUGGCGGAGUAUGCUACAAAGUUUGAGGAAUUGAUUAAGUUUUGUCCCCACUACAAUACUUCCGAAGCUGAGAGAUCUAAGUGUAACAAGUUUGUGAAUGGUUUGAGACCUGAGAUCAAGAAGGUUGUGGGAUAUCAACAGAUUAUCCGAUUUUCUGACCUGGUUAACAGGAGUAGGAUAUAUGAUGAGGAUAGCAGGGAAAGUGCUGCUCACUAG